GGAAACAUAUAAUUCAAAUACAAAUUCAUUCAACACAAUAAUAGUUCAAAAUCCAACUUAAGAGCAGUUCCAAUUGAUAAGUAAUCCAAGAGUGAAAUUUAAAGCUUACUCAAACAUGAAAUUAAAGAAGAAAUUUAACAUAAAACCUUAACAACUAAGAUUGAAAGAUGAAUGAACAUGGAGUAGCUCGCUGCGGUAUUCGUCCUGCGUUUCUUCCCUUCCGGUCAGCUGCUAUAUGUUCUCUGCCGCGGGUAAAUUGUGUUUUUUUUUGCCAGCCGCUCUCCCAAGUCUUUUUUUUUCUCGUCAAUAGCUGCUGGUCUGGAUUCUCUUAUCCACCGUCAGUAGUGUCGGCAGCCUUAUUUAUCUUGCCCAUCAGGAUCAUUUUUUAGCUGUCUUUUUUUUUCAUUUCUCCUUAUUUUCUUUUCUUUUCUUUCGUUUGCUUUUCUUUCUUUUCACGCAGCUCAGCUGCAGUUAGCUUUUUUCUUUUUUUGCUUUUCUGGAUUAAUUAAGGCACUUCAUUUAUUAGAAAAAUAAUGCACUUCAUUUGUUUAUUGUAUCAAGAAAAACAUUGAAAUAUAAUAGAAUGCUCAAAUUUGAUAACACAAAUAAGAAGAAAAAAAAAACAUAAAAUCAAUCCAAUUAAACACAAAUCACUCAAAAAUGUAAAUUUCAACGCUAAUUUCAAACAUAACAAAAAUGCAACAAAAACGCAGAAAAAUGUAUAAUUUGUCCCGAGUUUGACAAGAAACGCUAAAAAAAGUGAGUGAAAAUAUAUGAACAAAUCAGCUAGUAGCCCAUCUAUAUGAAUACUAAUGUCAUAAAUAAGUGAUAGAAUGAUUGGAGAAGAUUACAAAUGCCUAUGGUCCCAUCUUUAGGGGACGUCAGAGUGCGCCCACACCUUCCUAGAACCUGCAAAACAAGGAAAAUAAGUCAGAACACAUAAAUGGGGCGGACCUAUUGAGUUGAGAGCUCAAACAAUACAAAAAAAACAAAAGAGGAGGACCAUCGCAUGUUUGAUUGCAAUCAAACACCCUACCCUUUCUUUUUGUGAACCACACGAUUAGCCAGGGCCGUAGAUGAGGGCGUGCAAGAAGUGCAACCGCACAAGGCCUCUCAAUUUCUGAAGGCCCACAAAUUUAAAUAUAGUCUAUAUAAUAUAAUAAAUCUUUAUUUAUUUGAUUAAAAAUUUCUAUCUUAUUAUUUUUUUUAAAUACAAACAUUAAAUAGUAAUAUUUUUAUGUAAUUAAAGUAUAAUUGUUAAUUACAAUUGUGUGAGUUCUUUAUUUCACAAGGCCUAAUUACAUUAAUUAGCACAAAACCCUUGUACAGUUUGAAACGAGCUUGUAACUACUUUCUUUUUCAUACUUUGUCAUUACUUUACUUUUCUUAACUUAUUCUCUUUUCUACUUUUCAUUUAUCUUUAGGGCCUACUAUUUUCAUCUUAAAACCCACAAAAAAAUCUAAGGACACUAUUAUUUAAAAACGGUGAAAGUAAUAAUAUAAUAAUGAUUAUAUAAUGAUAAAAAAAAAACUUAGGGCCUCAUUUUCAAUUUUGCACAGGGCCUUCUAUAUGUCUGGGCCGGCCCUGCGAUUAGCUAUCAUAAUUUGAGAGCUCCUUGAGCCUUAUCACAACCCCCAUUCGAACCGUAAGGAUAAGGAGAAGGAGAGAGCCACUCAAACCAAAGAAAAGCAAGAGAGAGGAAGUUGUCCGCAGAUUCGUUCUCCGGUACGUAGGUCUUUUUAUUCGAUUCGUAUCUAGAGCUACACUCAUCCAAAAAGGGAGUGUGAGGUGUCCACUGAAAUCUAUCAAGAAUAGGAAUCCAUAGACGUACGGUUUGAAGCAAACGGAGCAGUUUAAGCCUCCAAAUUGUCCGAACAAAUUACAAUCUCGCAGAAUACGUUUUUGUAUUCAAAGUUAGGGAACGAAUUCACCGGAAAACAUCCGUUCUAGGGACUGUUUUCGUGUCUUCGGUUAGGAGUUGAGCUAACACCUUCAGGAGGCUGAUUAACACUCAUUUAUAAACAAGUAAUCAAUUCUCAAUCUCCCUUGGCCGAAGUUUUAGCAUUGGGUUGAGAAGGAACAAUUUAAAGCUCAUUUGAGGUGAGGAUCGUCAUCUAGUUGCUUACAACUUGUAAGUUAAGCAUGAGAUUACCUAAAUGUCUAAAUCAUGAUUUUCAUGGAUUAUGAUGAUUAAAUAUUGAUGAAAUAUUGGUAUAGUUUCCAAAGAAUGAAAUUGGAAAUGAUUUGAAUUUGUAUGGAUAUUAUGUGAUUAAAUGAGUUAUAAAUGAACUAUUUUGUAAGCAUCUUUGCCAAGAAACUGGUGGAAUGUAUUAUGUUGCAUUGCACGAGGCUCAUAUAAAAGAGCUGGUCCUGGAGCAUGCCCCAUCACCUCCUGCAAUAGCAGAAUUUGCAGUUGCAAAUUUGAUCAAGACGGGGUUUCCCCAAAGAGCGGCUGAAGGCGCAAUUUCUAUCUGUUCUUGCAACAAGGAAGCUAAAAUUGGUGGAGGCUACACGUGUCCGAGAUGCAAAGCACGUGUUUGUGAACUACCUACAGAAUGUUGUGUUUGUGGGCUCACCUUAGUUACUUCUCCACAUUUGGCAAGGUCAUACCAUCACUUGUUUCCAAUCACUCCAUUUGAGGAUGUAUCACCCUCCGUUCGAAACAAUUUGCAAAAGAUGCAAAAAAAAUGUUUUGGUUGCCAGUAGAGUCUCUUAAACCCUGGAAACAUACCCGGUCCAUGUGUUGCUUAUCCGAAAUGAAAAAACCACUUCUGCCUGGACUGUGAUAUCUACAUUCAUGAGAGCUUGCACAAUUGUCAGGCUGUGAGAGCCUCAGGACUUGUGCACCAGUCAACAAAAAUAUGUGAUAUAAGGUUUAGGUUCAGCCCAUGUAACGAGAUGAACUUGAGCCUGAGCUCUAGAAUUGCAUGGGUGAACAUGACGUCGAAAAUUGAUGAUGUGAUAUAAGGUUUGGAACCUAUGGUCAAAUCUAUGCCAAUGUAAGGAGAUGCACUUGAGUCGAGAUCUAGAAUUGCAUUGGGUAGAUAUAACAUGGACGCAUUAGGAUUGGCCCCUAUGUAUUGUCGUGACUAGUGGUCACGAGGUUUGGGUUAUGUUUUGUGAUAAACAUGGGCCAACGGGUCGACUACUUGACUUUAUAUAAAAGUAAGUAUAUUUUGAAAAGAGGUAACUUGGGGUUACGGCCUAGAUUAUAUUAUCAACCUAUUUGAGGGGUCUUGUGUUUGAAAUACUUGUUGUAUAUCUAUUAUAUGCAAUCCACACCAGUACUUUAUAGCCGUAUAGAGUACUGACCCCCCUUUCGGGGGGCGUCCCACCACCAUUUCAUGUUGAGGCUAGAGCUUGCUACCUGUGCUCGUUGCUCGGGCGAUCAUCUUGUGGAGAAGACUUGGUUCGUGAUUCCUCCAUUCUGUUUUUAAACACUUAUAAACAUGCUCAUGGAUAUUUUUCACUAUAGAGCCUGCUUGCUCAUGUUUUCCCCGUGUGGCAUUUGUUUUUGAAACUAUGUUUUCCGCUGCGUAUUGAAUUGCUUAUUAUGUAUGUUUAUGGAUGACUUACGUGUGAAUGAUAUUCGAGACGUCUUGUAUAAUAUGGAUGUGUUGGGCUGUGGUUGACUAUUCGUAUUGUACGGCGAGUUGUUGACGUGUCCGGAUAGGUCCAGAGCGUGACACAAUCAUCCGUUAAAACUUAAAAGACCCUUGAGUGCGGGUCCGGCGGAUUCGAACUACGAACUUGAGUGGCAAGUGGAGCUAAAUUUCUAAUUUAUUAUCAUUUCUUUAUAAGUAGCGUGUAUUUUUUUGACAUUGAAAAAAUGGACUUAUGAAUUCCGAGCACUCACGUACACCGACAGAGUGCUGAAAUCUCGCACCACCGGGUCACGUCAUACGGAUGUGGCGAUAAUAAGCUCCCAAUCAGAAUAUCAUCAAAUACACACUCUAGUUUCUAUGUUCUGUACGAGUUAUGUGUGCCCCCUAACUAUCAGAGUCAUACUCUAGCUUAAGCGUGUGCCAAUGUGGCACGCUCGAACUAAGCAUAGAAAUAUAGCUUGAGCUCUAGCUUGAAAAUUUGAGGCCAUUUAAUGUAGAUACCCCCAUAAUUUUUGGCCAGUGUACUACACAUGUUUGGAUACCCCCAUAAUCCAUCAUUUACGUAUUGAGAAUUUCAUUUUCACCAUAUGAUAACUUUAUUCAAUUUCCGAAGAAAGCAAUUUCGUGUGAUGGUAAACUUUGCAAUGACAAUCAAUAAAAGUCAAGGCUAAAUGUUAUCACAUUAAGUUUGAUUUAUACCUUUAGACAUAAGUUUCAUUAAUGAUCAAUUAUGCAAAUAAAUGCUAAAUACUAAAUUAGAAAAUACGACAUACACCUUAAAAGAAAUUAAAAGUUUCCUUAUAUUUUAAAGUGAUAUAUCUGUUUUCUUAUAUUGUGCAUAUUAGUAUUCUUAAGAGAUAAUAUUGCUUUGUAUCUAUACAAAAUAAAAUAACAAUGAAAUAAAUUGCUCCAAAUAUGACUAAUUUUCUUAAAUGAUUACCAUAUAUAUAAGGCAUCUAUGAGGACCAAUUAGGAAUUUAUUUAUCUCACGUCCCACAUGUGUCUUGCAUGUCUAAAAAAUUACUCAUAAUAUACUAAAAAAUUAUUUAAACAUUUUAGUAUAUUAUUCCGUGCAAAUCUCUUGAAUAUCCCGGAAUACAAAUUUUCAAUUUUGAAAUUUUAAAUUUUAUUCCGGGAUAUUCAAGAGAAGUGCAAAGAACACAACUGAAAUAUUUAAAUUCACUUAGCUAUUUUACUCGAUUGAACAAUGGAGAUGGUCAUUGUUAGUAUAUACGAUAAAAGAGAUUCAUGUUUUUACGGUUUGGGAAGAAUUUGGAAAUGAAGGAAAACACUCUAUAAAGUAUGGAAAAUAGUCAAAGUACCUUUUUUCUUAUGUAUUCUUUUCUUUUUCUUCAAUUGUUUCCGUGUAUACUGUAGAAUCCCCAAUCCAUCCUCUCCGUUUAAUUCAUUUUUUAGGACAUUCUUCUAAACCUAUUAUAAUAUCCGCUCUUGUUAAUGCCAACAUUCUUGAUUGGGAUGAGACUCGAACCUGCGACUUCCUCUUUAGGAGAUCAACAGUGAUUCCAUUAGAUCAUAAGGUACUUCCCUUUAAUUUAUUAUUAUGCAUCUCUGAUCGUCUCUCAUUACCCGAUCAUCACUACUUACCUACUCUUCAUUUCCAUGAAAUAGAAGUUAAAAGUCACUAAACUACUUCGAUUUCAAACUACUUUCUCACCUACACGAUGAGAGUUUUUAUAAAUUGAAAAAACAAAAAUGUUACUCCCUUCAUUCUGUAAUUAAUUCUUAUUUUGAUUGCAUAGAGAUUGAAAACUUGAAAUUUUCAUAAUUAAUUCUUAUUUUGACUUUGCGUAGCGAUUAAAAAACUUGUAAUUGUAUGGCCUAGAGUGGUGUUGAGGAAAACAAAUUGUAAACCGUACAUUCUUUGUCACAAAAAAAGUUUAUAUUAGGACAACUAAAAUGGAAACAACAAAAUAUAUUUUGAGACAGGAGUACAUGAUAUAUCACCAUAAGAAAUAAAAUGUGAAAGUAGUUCACCAUACCCCGAAGAAUAUAUCCUAAAUAAUUUAAUUUUGUAUUUUAAUGAAAGAUAAAUAAGACAUGAACAAUUUAAUUCAAUAGUAGAGAUGAAAGAUCAAAUCGGAUAGAUACAUAGUAUAAAUUUUGGCUAGAACACCCCAACAGAAUGACAUUGCAGAAAGAAGAAACAGAACUCUAAAAGAAGCUGCUCGAACUAUGAUUGCAGAAUCAGGUCAUCCAAUGAGAUAUUGGGUUGAAACAAUCAAUACAGCAUGCUAUAUACUCAAAACAAAAGCAUGAUACACAAAAUUUACCAGAAGACCCCUUAGAGCUAUGUACAGUGGCGGAGCCAGAGGUUUGUCCAAGGAGGGGCAAACCAAAGACUAAAAAUUUUAAAGUUCGUGUCCAAAAUAUAAUAAGAACAACAAUAGCGUAAUAAUUUAACAAAAAAUUAUAGUUCAUUACAUACUACUUGAUUUACUUCUGCAACAUAGGCAAAUCAAUCCUACGAGUUUUCAUAUUUUGAAAAUGCUGCAUAAUAGCUUCAUUAUCAAUUGCUUGAAAAAUGUCUCUUUCGAUGUAGCAUACUAAGCAAUCCGUAAGAUAGUCAUCUCCCAUCUUAUUGCGAAGAUCUGUCUUGAUAAUAUUCAUCGAUGAGAAAGCUCUUUCAACUGUGGCUGUUGCAACUGGUAACACUAGAGCCAACUCAAUAAGACGAUAGACCAAGUGAAAAGAUUUGUGAAUUGUAAGCUCAACCAUCUUCUUAGACACUUCACCAAUACUUUGUAAAGUGGAAAAUGCUUCAUUUCCUCUCAUCUCAUAUAUCCAAACUUGAAGUUGUUCUUUAAGCUCCAUUUGCUCAACAGCUGAAAAAUCAGAUGAAUAUAACUCCGCAAGACUGAGUAGCUUUGACUCACAGAAAUUGGAAAAAUUAUCUUUAGGAUCAAGGCAAGCUAAACAAGCGAGUAAAUCUGUAUUUGACUCACUAAAGCGAUUCUCCAUUUCCAGAUUGACCUGGUCUAUAACCUACAAUAAGGUAAUAAUAAAAAGUAGUAGUAAUAGUAAUAAUAAUAAUGAUAAUAAUAAUAAUAAUAACUAAUAAAUAAUUUAAAUUUUAAUAAAAAAUACCUGAUAAAAAAUAUCAGCUCGAAAGUGAUGAUAAUUUGUUACCGGAUGGCGAACGCGUCUAGAACGAUGAGUUGUAUCUUCCAUAUUUAGAAUGUCAAUUUUAUUCUUCACACAAAAUUUACUGACAUCUUCUAAUAGCUCUUCCCAUCCACUUUCUCUCAAAUCUUGGAACUUCUCUUUAAUGCUUUUAAUCAAGCUCACAGCCUCAAGAAUGUUCUGAUCUUUUUGUUGCAAGAAAUGUGACAACAUAUUCGUCAAUCCCAAUACCUUCUUCAUCAAGUGGGCUAUAAAAACAAAUUGAUAGCUCUCCAUUUUUUCAACCAAACUACUAGCUUUUCCCCUUGAUUUCGAAUCAAUUCCAUCAUCAAAUAUAUUGUCAAGCACUUGGAUUGUUGGAGACCACAAAGAUAGAAUACGAAUAAUGGUUGUAAAAUGUGAACCCCAUCGAGUAGCUCCCAGUCGUGCUAAAGUACUUUCUUGAUUCAAUCCUCUCCCGGUCGUAAUUUCACCUUUUUCUAACAUGGCUACCAUGUUUUCAUGUUGUUUUUGGCGAAAUUCAUCUUUUCUUUUACAAGAGGAUUCAACCAUGUUAGUAAUCAUGGACAAAUAUUCAAAGAAAUCACUCACAAAAUUAUUUUUUUGAGAAACAGUCACGACAACUAAUUGCAAUUGGUGAGCAAAACAAUGAAUAUAUCUCGCAUGUGGAUUUUCAUUCAAGAUAAGAGUCUUCAAUCCAUUCAACUCACCUCGCAUAUUAGAAGCUCCAUCAUACCCUUGUCCUCGAACUCUAGACAUUGAUAAUUCAUGUUUUGAAAAAAAUCAUCAAUGCCACUUUUUAAAGAAAGAGAUGUGGUCUCAACAACAUGCUUAACCCCAAGGAACCGCUCAAUCACAACUCCAUGAUCGUUUACAUAUCUCACAACAACUGCCAUUUGUUCUUUCACAGAACUAUCACGAGCUUCAUCAAUCAAUAAAGAAAAAAACUUGUCACCAAGAUCAUUUAUUAUGGCUUUUGUUGUUUGUGAUGCGCAGGCAUUAAUAAUAUCUUUUUGAAUCAUAGGACUAGUAAGUUGGUGAUUCGAAGGUGCAUUGUCUUUCACCACUUUUGCCACAUCGGCAUUGCGUGCACUAUACCAUUCUAUCAAUUCCAAGAAAUUUCCUCUAUUUAAUGAGCUCUCUCGCUCAUUAUGACCACGAAAAGCCAAUCCUUGUGCAAUUAAAAAUCUAGCACAAUCCACACUUGCAUUCAAACGAGUACGGUAUGCCGCACCCAACAGUUGUGUUCCUGAAGAGAGACUUCUUGAAAUACUUUGUUUUUGAUUUUUGAAAGCAAAAAAUUGUGUUCUAGCAUCAUUGUGCACACUCUCUACAAUACCAACAUGAUCUCUAAAUUUUUCAGGAGCUUUCUUCCAAUUACGGAAUCCGGUCCUCACAAACACAUCAUCACCAAAUCUCUUUCCUUCAUGCCCAUGAAAAAGGUAACACCAAAAACAGAAAGCGGCAUCUUUAGAAAUACUAUAUUCCAACCAUUCCCAAGUUUUAAAUCACUCUCCUCGAAAGCUCCUUAAUGUCUUACCAAAUUCAGUUCGUGGAAACUUAUGAGAUGCUGGUUGACAAGCACCUUUAACAACAUAUGCUCUCAUCACAUCAUCCCUAAUCCCCGGCGCAUAUUCAUUAAUUGGUUUUCGUAAAAAUGGAUCACUAAUAAUAUCCCAUUCAUGUGUACUUUCUGUUCGGGCUCUCUUGUCCCUCUCAUUCCUCUCAUCUCUAGCAAUAUUUUCAUUUGACACAGUGGCAUUUUCAACACUAGAGAUAGACUGAUUAGGAACAAUUGAAGAACUAACACCUCCAAUCAAAGACCUCUUAGUCUUAAUUACAAAUUUAUCCAAACUCAUACUCCUAAAUAUAACAAAAAUAAGUAUGAAUUAAAAAUGUUCCUUAUACAAAUAGCAUUAAAUUGCAUCUAGAACUGAGAUUUGAGGAUUCACACAAAUAAUUUCUGAUUUUUCGUUAGGGAUGAGAGCAAAUAAUUAAUAUGGGCAUAAAUUGGCAGAUGAGAAACUUACUUGAAAAUUGCAGAAUCUGAGAACAAAUGGGGAGAAGUGAGAAGACUGAGAACUAACUGGAGAAGGAAGGUAGAUUUCUGUUGGGGAGUAAAGCCGGAGAGGGAGCGGGCGAUGCUGCUUCUCAGUUCUCACGUUCGCUGCCUACCUGCGUUCUCAACUGCUCGAUUCAUUUUUUUUGGCGGAGUGGGAAGGGACUGCCGACUGCCUAGGUCUUUUGUUAAUGAAGCUUUGAAAUUUUAACCCACUUAAUGGCUUUAGACUUUAGUGAUUACGUUUUGAAUUGUUAUUUUUUUCAUUUUUGGGCUUAGGCUUUAGGAUUGUCUAGGUGGCUUGGGCUUUAGAAUUGUUUUUUUUUUCAUUUUUCUACUUAUGUCCGUUUUUUUUACUUAGCCUUAGACUUGAUGCUCAUUUGUCUAAUUGACUCAUUAAUCCCCUUUUAUUCUAUAUUUCAUUUUUUUUUACUUUUUUUGAAAAUACUUUUUUAUUUAUUUUAACACUUCAUUUUAAAAUAACCUUAAGUUGUACUUAUUGUUUUUAAAAUUAAAAAAGAAGUCGGGGCAAGAAACAUAUUAUAAGUAAUACUAGUAAAAAAAAUUAGUCGGAGCGGGGGCGCUUGCCCCCCUUACCCCCCCCCCCCCCCCCCCCUCCCCCCUAGCUCCUCCACUGGCUAUGUACAAUGGCGGAUGACGUAGUGUUCAAGGGUAUUCACUUGAACACCAACAAAUUUCAAUUUUUUUAAUCAAAACGACAUCGUUUUGAUGGUUAUACAAGAAAUGAAACGUAGUCGUUUGGUGAUAUUCAGCACUUCAAACCUGCGUUACUGUGUAUUCACGAUGGUUCCAACUUCCAAGAUAGGUCUUCACCGAAAUCCUUCCACAAACUGAAAUUCUUCCACCCUUGCCCGCUUCGGCUCCGUCAGUCAGCUUCUCACACCCAAGUUCCAGCCUCUAGGCUCCAGAUUGUCCUGCAGGUUGGUUGAUUGCUUGCUUUCUUUAAAUAUUUUUUAUUUUUGAGUUUUGACUUUGAAAAUCGGAAGAAAUAUCAUAUACGGAACGACGGAAGGUGUAGGGUUGAAGGUAUUAUAUAUUUAUAUGAUGAUGUAUUGAUGUAUGGGCGUAUGGCUAAUUGGCUAAAGAUUAUUGAAAAUUGAAAUGCACCCAAGCCCUGAUCUCUUUAUGACUUUAUCUUUUCUGCCUUUUUCAGAGUUCUAAAUACAGACUAAUAAAUUAGUAUAACUGAUAAUUGAUAUAUGGAGUGGCAAAGAGUAAAACAAUCGUAGGAAUAGUAAGACACUACUUUAUGCAUGGCUAAUGUGCAGAAAGUCAAUAACCCACUAGGUAGAAAUAAUAAGAUAUUGAAAAAAUCAGUCAGCUGGAGCAUAACAACAAUACACCAUUGGAUGCCUACUCAUUUCAUUAUUAGCCUAAAGUCCUAAACUGAGUUAUCCAGUGUUCAAGUAGCAGAACUCCGUGUGAAUAACCAAAUGUAUAAAAAGGAUAAGGCUCUUAUACUUUAUUAAUAUAUUAUGGAGUAUGUUUUACUUUUUAAUGUAGUAAUUUUUUGAUUGAUAAAGACACAAUUGUUGAAUCAUAGCAUUAGAUAUGAUUAUUGUGAUACUUUUAACUUUACUUUAAUUUCAAACACCCAAAAAAAUGCACCCAAGCCCUGAUGAAUCAGAAGAUGAACAUUUUGGGUGUUUGAAAUUAAAGUAAAGUUAAAAGUAUCACAAUAAUCAUAUCUAAUGCUAUGAUUCAACAAUUGUGUCUUUAUCAAUCAAAAAAUUACUACAUUAAAAAGUAAAACAUACUCCAUAAUAUAUUAAUAAAGUAUAAGAGCCUUAUCCUUUUUAUUCAUUUGGUUAAUCACAGGGAGUUCUGCUACUUGAACACUGGAUAACUCAGUUUAGGACUUUAGGCUAAUAAUGAAAUGAGUAGGCAUCCAAUGGUGUAUUGUUGUAAUGCUCUGACUGACUUUUUCAAUAUCUUAUUAUUUCUACCUAGUGGGUUAUUGACUUUCUGCACAUUAGCCACGCAUAAAGUAGUGUCUUACUAUUCCUACUGAUUUUUUUACUCUUUGCCACUCCAUAUAUCAGUUAUACUAAUUUAUGAGUCUGUAUUUAGAACUCUGAAAAAGGCAGAAAAGAUAAAGUCAUAAAGAGAUCAGGGCUUGGGUGCAUUUCAAUUUUCAAUAAUCUUUAGCCAAUUAGCCAUACGCCCAUACAUCAGUACAUCAUCAUAUAAAUAUAUAAUACCUUCAACCCUACACCUUCCGUUGUUCCGUAUAUGAUAUUUCUUCCGAUUUUCAAAGUCAAAAAUAAAAAAUACUUAAAGAAACCAAGCAAUCAACCAACUUGCAAGACAAUCUGGAGCCUAGAGGCUGGAGCUUGGGUGUGAGAAGCUGACUGACGGAGCCGAAGCGGGCAAGGGUGGAAGAAUUUCAGUUUGUGGAAGGAUUUCGGUGAAGACCUAUCUUGGAAGUUGGAACCAUCGUGAAUACACAGUAACGCAGGUUCUAGGAAGGUGUGGGCGCACUCUGACGUCCCCUAAAGAUGGGACCAUAGGCAUUUGUAAUCUUCUCCAAUCAUUCUAUCACUUAUUUAUGACAUUAGUAUUCAUAUAGAUGGGCUACUAGCUGAUUUGUUCAUAUAUUUUCACUCACUUUUUUUAGCGUUUCUUGUCAAACUCGGGACAAAUUAUACAUUUUUCUGCGUUUUUGUUGCAUUUUUGUUAUGUUUGAAAUUAGCGUUGAAAUUUACAUUUUUGAGUGAUUUGUGUUUAAUUGGAUUGAUUUUAUGUUUUUUUUUUCUUCUUAUUUGUGUUAUCAAAUUUGAGCAUUCUAUUAUAUUUCAAUGUUUUUCUUGAUACAAUAAACAAAUGAAGUGCAUUAUUUUUCUAAUAAAUGAAGUGCCUUAAUUAAUCCAGAAAAGCAAAAAAAGAAAAAAGCUAACUGCAGCUGAGCUGCGUGAAAAGAAAGAAAAGCAAACGAAAGAAAAGAAAAGAAAAUAAGGAGAAAUGAAAAAAAAGACAGCUAAAAAAUGAUCCUGAUGGGCAAGAUAAAUAAGGCUGCCGACACUACUGACGGUGGAUAAGAGAAUCCAGACCAGCAGCUAUUGACGAGAAAAAAAAAAGACUUGGGAGAGCGGCUGGCAAAAAAAAACACAAUUUACCCGCGGCAGAGAACAUAUAGCAGCUGACCGGAAGGGAAGAAACGCAGGACGAAUACCGCAGCGAGCUACUCCAUGUUCAUUCAUCUUUCAAUCUUAGUUGUUAAGGUUUUAUGUUAAAUUUCUUCUUUAAUUUCAUGUUUGAGUAAGCUUUAAAUUUCACUCUUGGAUUACUUAUCAAUUGGAACUGCUCUUAAGUUGGAUUUUGAACUAUUAUUGUGUUGAAUGAAUUUGUAUUUGAAUUAUAUGUUUCCUUGUAUUACUUUAGCUCCU